AUGCAACGUGCAGUAUUGGUUACGCCCAAUUCGGCAACGUACCCAGGCCUCCUUGCAUCAUCACCGCCUAUUCACCCCCGUCAACUCUCACCAAUCCGCUGCUCUGAAGCCUAUUUCUCAAAGUCUUCACGGCAGCUUUCCAACACGUCGCACUACGACCUUCUCAAUUGCCUUACCGCGAUCCAUAACCUUAACACGCGCUCUCGCCGUUUACACACAUCUUCCACAAUGGUUGUCAGAGAACUUACAAGUUUCGCCAACAUGGGCCGCGGUGCCUACGACACGACUGGCGUGCCCAAGCCCCCUCCUCGCCCCAAGCCUCGAUAA